UUCCUGGACAGUCGUGGGGGUUGCUGCCCUCAUCCUGCUCCUGGUCGCCCUGCUGGCUCGUGUCCUCGUCAAAAGAAAGCCACCCCGGGACCCGCUGUUCUAUGUGUACGCCGUGUUCGGAUUUACCAGCGUGGUGAACCUCAUCAUAGCGCUCGAACAGGAUGGAAUCAUCGACGGGUUCAUGACGCACUACUUGAGAGAGGGUGAACCGUAUCUGAACACUGCAUACGGGCACAUGAUCUGCUACUGGGACGGCUCUGCUCAUUAUCUGAUGUAUCUGGUGAUGGUGGCAGCCAUAGCCUGGGAGGAAAGCUAUAGGACCAUCGGCCUCUACUGGGUUGGAUCGAUCAUCAUGAGCAUUGUUGUUUUUGUGCCAGGAAACAUUGUGGGGAAGUACGGGACUCGCAUUUGCCCUGCUUUUUUCUUAAGCAUACCAUAUACCUGUCUUCCCGUCUGGGCUGGUUUCAGAAUCUAUAAUCAGCCACCAGAAAAUUAUAAUUAUCCCUCAAAGGUCGUUCAAGAAGUCCAAGCAAAGGACCUGCUGAGAAGACCAUUUGAUUUAUUGCUGGUCGUGUGUCUCCUCCUGGCGACAGGAUUUUGUCUGUUUAGAGGCUUGAUUGCUUUGGAUUGCCCGGCUGAGCUCUGCCGAUUUUAUACGCAAUUUCAAGAGCCCUACCUAAAGGAUCCUGCUGCGUACCCCAAAAUCCAGAUGCUGGCUUACCUCUUCUAUUCUGUCCCUUACUUCGUGAUUGCGCUUUACGGCCUAGUCCUCCCGGGAUGUUCCUGGAUGCCCGACAUAACCCUGAUACAUGCUGGAGGCGUAGCCCAGGCUCAGUUUUCCCACAUCGGUGCUUCUCUUCACGCCAGAACCGCGUACGGCUACCGAGUCCCCGAAGCAGCGAAAAGCCUCUUCCUGGCCUUAAACGUGGCGUUCGGAGCGCUCCCGCAGCUCCUGGCCUGUCGCUGUGUCUACAGACCCGAGUUCUUUGUAAAGACGAAGGCAGAUGAGAAAGCUGAAUAAAACGAUUCUUUCUCCCUCUCUGA